GGGUCCCGGAAGCCCUGCGCGAUCUACCUCCGCCUGCAAGUGUGGCCGAUGCCUCGACCGAAGGAAGCGCCCUGGGAAAAGACCGUCUGAGGACGAGGGAAAUGCCGACCUGGACACCUGGAAGGGAGUCCAGAGUGGGACAGGAGACCACUGCAGUGCCGAGUGCCGCGGUCCCUUGAGGAGCGAUGACGGAAUAUAAGCUCGUAGUGGUGGGCGCCGGAGGCGUGGGGAAGAGCGCGCUGACCAUCCAGCUCAUUCAGAACCACUUCGUGGACGAGUACGACCCCACCAUAGAGGACUCCUACCGGAAGCAAGUAGUCAUUGAUGGGGAGACAUGCCUGCUGGACAUCCUGGACACAGCAGGCCAGGAGGAGUACAGUGCUAUGCGGGACCAAUACAUGCGCACCGGGGAGGGCUUCCUCUGUGUGUUCGCCAUCAACAACACCAAGUCCUUUGAGGACAUCCACCAGUACAGGGAGCAGAUCAAGCGGGUGAAGGACUCGGACGACGUGCCCAUGGUGCUGGUGGGGAACAAGUGUGACCUGGCCGCCCGCACCGUGGAGGCUCGGCAAGCCCAGGACCUCGCCCGCAGCUACGGCAUCCCCUACAUUGAGACUUCAGCCAAGACUCGCCAGGGCAGACUCUGGUUCAGGCUCCAGCUCCGGGACCCCCUGGGACCCUCCGGGACCCCCGGGACCCAGCAGCCCCUGGCGCUGGGGUGGAGGACGCCUUCUACACGCUGGUGCGAGAGAUCCGGCAGCACAAGGUGCGCAAGCUGAGCCCGCCUGAUGAGGGCGGCCCAGGCUGCAUGAGUUGCAAGUGCUUGCUGUCCUGACAGCCCAUCCUCCGACAUCUGGCUGGUCCCCGGCCCCGCCCGGCACAGUCCCUGCCAGUGGAGGUGCCGGAUGCCGGGAGGAGGCCCACGCAGGGGACGGAAGAAGGGAAGGAAGGAAGUGCCGCUGGAGCCCGGCCAGCCCAGGUCGGUGGACACAGUGACCACAGGCCUCCUGGGACAUUUGCACAGACUGUCGUGAACUGACGCUACCGGCACCCCAGCGAUUCCUCUCCUCCAGCCCUGUCCUGACCCGCUGGGCGCAGGCCGAUCACAGUAAAUUAUUUGAUGGUCUUGA